AUGCCUGUCUUCAACCUUACAGAGUAAUCCAAAACUUGCAAAUUCAUCAAACUCUCUCAAUAGUCAAUAGCAUCAUUACACAUAGAAAUCCUACUCUCGCCGGGCCGGAAACUGUUGCCGGAGAUCACCAAGCUUUCUUCGGUGACAAGAACAACUGGAAGAUCAUUCUACUUUCUGGAAAUACUUAAGAAAUGGAGAUGGAACAAGAGUUAGAGUGGCUUGAAGCGCAGAAGAUAGCGAUAAGUGUGGACCUUUUGGCUGCAGCCAAGCAGCAGCUUCAGUUUCUUGCAGCUGUUAAUAAGAAUCGUUGGCUCUAUGAAGGCCCUACUCUUGAAUGGGCCAUCUAUAGGUACAAUGCUUGUUGGCUUCCCUUGCUUGCCAAACACUCUGAGUCACCAGUUUCUGAAGGGCCACUGGUUGUGCCUCUUGAUAGCGAGUGGGUUUGGCAUUGCCAUAGGCUGAAUCCAGUAAGGUACAAAACUGAUUGUGAGGAACUUUUUGGAAGGAUACUGGACAAUUCUAAUGUUGCAUCUUCUGUUAAAGGAGUCUGCAGAAAGCAAACUCAAGAAAUUUGGAAAAAGUUGUAUCCAGAUGAGCCUUAUGACUUUGACUUGACCAGAGCUUUAUCUGCAGCUACCAAUGAAAAACUUUUGGCAACUGAAAAAUGCACCAAAUAUGAUUUGGUUUCAGCAGUUAAAAGGCAGAGUCCUUUCUGUUAUCAGGUGUGCAGACCUCAUAUUAACUAUGAUAUUUUUCUUGAAGAAGCUGUGGCCAGAUAUAAGGGGUUUUUGCAUCUAAUUAAGAGAAAUAAGGAACGAUCCAUAAACCGCUUUUGUGUUCCAACUUAUGACAUUGAUCUUAUCUGGCACACACACCAGCUGCAUCCUAUUUCUUAUUGUAAAGAUUUGAUUGAAGCACUUGGCAAUAUAUUAGAGCAUGAUGACAUGGAUUCAGACAGGACUAAAGGAAAGAAGCUAGAUGUUGGGUUUUCUGGAACUACCAAGCAGUGGGAAGAGACAUUUGGGACAAGGUAUUGGAAGGCAGGUGCAAUGUAUAGAGGCAGAGAACCAUCUCCUCUCACAAGAGUUCCAUUCCUGCCAACUCUCUUGAGAAAAGAUGUACUAGCAUCACAUGAAUGUCAAAAGAUGAUUCAACUUCCAGAAGUGAAAAUUGUGGAGGUCCUUUUGGAGAUUGUGGGAGUUAAAAACAUACCAGAGGGGCACAAGGGAUGCCUUCUUGUCAGAUUUAGUAAAAAGCAGCCUGAUGUAUUCUUCAAUGCUAAGCAGAAAAUAACAAUUCUGUCAGAAUCUGAAGAAAAACAGGUUGCUUCUUUCCAGUGUGAACCUAAGGGAGAGCUGUUCUUUGAACUUAUUUCACAUUCAUCUUCCAACUUACUAGUAAACAAGGCAUUUAGAACAAUGGGUACUGCUUCAUUAUCUUUGCAAGACUAUCUGAAUCCAGUUUCUAAACUUUCAAUUGAAAAAUGGGUGGAAUUGCAGACCAGUUCUGGCAAUUUGAGCUCAAAGCCGAUCUGCCUACGAAUUGCUGUCUCAUUGACUGUUCCCAUCCAAUCACCAUAUGUACUUCACAUGGUUCGUUCAAAAUCACUUUCAAAAACUUGUUUUUUCCCUCUUUCUGGAAGGGUUCAACAUGCUAAAGUUUGGACACACAUCACUGAUGAAAAUGAUGCGGAGGUCAUCAGCCUGCAAAUGAGGGACUCAACAGUGGCAAAGACAACCGACAAGAGCAUACUUAAGAAGCAAGUAGUUGGUUCUAUGAAAUCUGGUGAGAUACGUGUACUGGCAGAGUUUACGAGGACUCAUUGGUCAUUAAUGGAUUCUCAGUGGUGCCUUCAGUUUAAAACAAAAUCUGAUGAAGAUGGUCAUUACUGUGAUCUCAUUGGCAGCAGGACGAUAAAAGUUUUUCAUGGCAGAAAGCUGGAUUUUGAGCCCAAACGCUGUGAGAAGCAAAGAAAUGAACAAGAUUUUGUCACCGCAGUUGAAUUUUCUGCAGAGGAUCCAUAUGGUAAAGCAGUGGCAUUGCUCGACUUGAAGUCUGGGUCUGUCAAGGUGAAAGAAGAAUGGUUGGUGUUGCCUGCAAUCAUUUCAGCUUUUAUACUUGCUGAUAUUUUGAAAAAUAAAGGGGAUAGGGGCUUCAUUAUUAACAGUGAAAAUUUGGAGUUGGAUGGUAAUAUUGAAGAGGUCAGUGGGUUAAAUGAAGAAACCAAACAAAAGACUACUGCAAAAAGCAAAGAGGAGGUGAAUGUGGAUGACAUAAAGAGUGGAGGCUGUGGAGGUGGUUGCGGUGGUGCAUGUGGAAACGUGGAAAGAAAAGUGGAGUUGAAUGUGGAUGAAAUAAAGAAUGGAGGCUGUGGUGGUGGUUGUGGUGGUGGAUGUGGAAACAUGGUAAAAAGUGGGAGCUGUGGGGGUGGCUGUGGCGGCGGUUGUAGUGGGGGAUGUGGAAGUAUGGUAAAGAGUGGUGGCUGUGGUAGUGGAUGUGGUAGUGGUUGUGGCGGUUGUGGCGGUGGAUGUGGAAGCAUGUUCAAGAGUGAUGGCAAAGCGCCUGGAGAUACAGUGGAGAGUGGUGGUUGUGGUGGCGGUUGUAGUGGGGGAUGUGGAAGUAUGGUAAAGAGUGGUGGCUGUGGUAGUGGAUGUGGUAGUGGUUGUGGCGGUUGUGGCGGUGGAUGUGGAAGCAUGUUCAAGAGUGAUGGCAAAGCGCCUGGAGAUACAGUGGAGAGUGGUGGUUGUGGUGGCGGUUGUAGUGGGGGAUGUGGAAGUAUGGUAAAGAGUGGUGGCUGUGGUAGUGGUUGUGGCGGUUGUGGCAGUGGAUGUGGAAGCAUGUUCAAGAGUGAUGGCAAAGCGCCUGGAGAUACAGUGGAGACUGGUGGUUGUGGUGGCUGUGGAGCCAGUUGUGAAGAUAAAACAUCACAUGAAACUAUUGUUAGGAACCCCCACAUGGAUUCUUCCCCCAUAGAUUCAUCCAUCUAUGCGAAUGAAGCAAUAGUCGCUUGAUCACUAUGAAUUUAUAAGUGCCUGCAAGGAGCAUUCUUAAUAAAGUUCAUUAAAAAAUGGAAACUCUUAAAUUCAAUAAAAAAAAAAUCAUGAUCAUGAAGUGUCAUGAAGAAAUAAGGUUCUCUUCAUUAUUGCCAAGUACAGUGGUAUAUAUCUCUACAUAUGGUGUCUAUUACACAAGGUUCUUCCAUCUUCUUUGAGUCAUGGGUCGAACCGACACUCCUUGUGUUUCCUACUUGGAUGUUCAUGAAACUAGAGUAUUGGCAUAUUUCUGGUUCCUGUAUUGGAGUGAAUUAGCUAUCAAAGUGAUCUGACAAGUCUGCCUUGGUUCAAUUACAUUGAUAUUUCAGUUUUA